AUGUUUCGCAGUCGGAGCUGGUUUAGUGGCGGAUUUUGGAAGCCCAGAAACCCACAUUCCCUAGAGCACCUUAAAUAUUUGUAUAAUGUUUUGUCAAAAAAUCAUACCGUGUCUGAGAACAAUAGAGGUUUGCUGGUCGAAACUCUACGUUCAAUAGCUGAGAUUCUCAUUUGGGGUGAUCAAAAUGAUAGUAGUGUGUUUGAUUUUUUUCUGGAGAAGAACAUGCUUUCGUUUUUCCUGCGGAUUAUGAAGCAAAAAUGUGGAAGCUAUGUAUGUGUUCAAUUGCUUCAAACGUUGAAUAUUUUAUUUGAGAACAUACGCAAUGAGACAUCCUUAUAUUAUUUAUUAAGUAACAAUCAUGUAAAUAGUAUAAUAGUACACAAAUUUGACUUUAGCGAUGAAGAAGUAAUGGCAUAUUAUAUUAGUUUCCUGAAAACAUUGAGUUUGAAGUUAAACGCACAUACAAUACAUUUCUUCUAUAACGAGCAUACCAAUGAUUUCCCAUUGUAUACAGAAGCGAUCAAAUUUUUCAAUCAUUCAGAAGGUAUGGUGCGUAUAGCUGUGAGAACUUUGACUCUAAAUGUGUAUCGUGUUGAGGAUGCAUCUAUGCUUACUUUUAUAAGAGAUCGCACUGCAGCACCAUAUUUCAGUAACCUUGUAUGGUUUAUCGGUGAUCAUAUUAUAGAAUUAGACACCUGUGUUCGAAAUGAUGCAGAUCAUCAAAGUCAAAAUAGAUUGUCAGAUUUGGUUGCCGAACAUUUGGAUCAUCUCCAUUAUCUAAAUGAUAUUUUAUCUUUGAAUAUACGAGACUUGAAUAAAGUUCUAUCUGAACAUUUAUUGCACAAAUUGUUAGUUCCGUUGUAUGUCUAUUCUCUAAUGAAAUACAAAAACACGUGCCAAACUCAGGAAGAAAAAAAACACGUCAGUGUUGUGGUUGCGCUUUUUCUACUUUCUCAAGUCUUUUUGAUAGUAUCGCACAAACCUCUUGUACAUACAUUAGCGACUGUAAUGCUCAUGUCCGAUUUAGAAACGAUUCAAAUUGGAAUAAAUAGUGUUCUAGAAAAAUUUGGAGAUAUAAACUUUGACGAUGCUUCCCCUAUAAAUACUCCUGUUCAUACGAGUACAUUAUCAGAUAUUACAAGCCUUCCAAGUGAAGAGGAUUUAGAUGAAAUUAAACAAUUGAAUGUAACGGAUGAGGAGAAAGAGCAACGCUUGGCAAUGGAGAGCCCUUUAUCUCAUCAAAGUCAAAAUGACAUAUUCGAAUCUUUAACAAAAAAACCAUUUUUAGAAACAAUAACCAAUUCCUUGUUAUGUACAGAAAAUGAUUAUGCUGCAUUAUUUGCGCUUUGUCUAUUAUAUGCAUUAGCUAAUAACCAGGGUAUAAGUCAUAAAAUUUUGGAUAUAAUUCUGUCUCCAUUCCAUAAUAAUACGUCGACGAAAAAUCCCUAUUAUGAAUUACUCAUGGAUAGAUUAAUUCAUAUUAUAACUUCGAGUUGUCAAACAAAUUCCAAAGUGAGGCUGGUUACGUUGGAAUUAACUAUCAAAUUAUUAACACAACUGACAGUAUCUGAAGGACAAUGUCUGUUACGAGAAUCACAUCUAGCAGUCAUUGAAGCAGCGAAAGAACAAAGCACAUCUUUGCUAAAAAAUUUCUAUAAGAGCGAAGAUAUUUUCUUGGAUAUGUUUGAGGAUGAAUACAGUGACAUACAAAAACGACCGUUAAAUGUCGAAUGGUUAAUGAUGGAUAGCAAUAUUUUAUUGCCACCUACAGGUACACCUAUGACUGGAAUUGAAUUUAGUAAAAGGCUACCAUGUGGUGAGGUGGAAAGGGCCCGUCGUGCGAUAAGAGUUUUUUUUUUAAUACGAGAAUUAUUUCUAACACUCAAUAGGGAAGUGGAAACAAAAUUACCACUGACUAUUCCAGCUCAUUGCGUAAAAGUCAACAACGUUCUUGAUCUAAAUAAUAGUGAUUUGAUUGCAUGCACUGUCGUGUGGAAAGAUGGUCAGAAGAUUCGCCGUUUCUUAGUUAUUGAUUUUGUGCAAUUAAUUCUUGUGAAACCUGAUAUCAGUAGGCUUGGAUGGGGUGUUGCAAAGUUAGUUGGUUUUUUGCAAGAUAUUGAUGUGACCGGCGACAAGGAUGAUUCAAGAUGUUUGUACCUGACAAUUUACAAACCAUUAAGUAGUAGCACAUGCAAUCGUAUACCGUUGCUGUCGGCUAAAUUUAUUUUUGAUGAUCAUAUCCGUUGUAUGGCAGCUAAACAAAGAUUAACAAAAGGACGAAUAAAAGCAAGACAAAGGAAGAUGAAUCAGAUUGCAACAUUGUUAGAUAUUCCAACGAGUACAUCUCAUUGUUCGACACAACCCAAUCAUGCUUUGCGUAGUUUACGACAUGAACGUAUAAUCGGACGUGGUCAAAGACUACAGAGGGAUCAAGCAAGGCCGAUGUUUACGGUAAAUAAAGUUCCUGGAUUUGCAACUCAAAUGCGUAGGGAGACUAUUAAGCCGGUGCCAUCAUCGAGUUCUAAACAUGAUGAUGCAAGUUCAAAUGAGAGGAUUCAUGAAAAUAGUUUGCGAUCUAGAGACGGCUCGCCUAAGAUGCCAAGACCACGGAGCGAGGAGAUUCCUUUAGAGGAUAUGUGUAUUCGGAAAACUUCUCUUACGUCCAAUGGAUUAAAUGUAACGCACAUAUGUUCAGAAAGGACAGACAGUCAAAGUGCUUGCUCGAAUAACAGCGAAUCUUCGUCUGUAAUUGGGAAUCAUUCUGAAGAAACGUCUUUUACAUCUCCGCAAGGACAAGAAUCAAAGCCACGUAGAAAGGGGCAAGUGGAAACUGUGUGAUUAAAAAUAGGCCCACUAGUAAUUUAAACUAAACGUUUAUCUUUAAAAAAUCUUAGACGAUGAAUGAAAAUGUGUAUAUGCCAUACUUUUGACUUAGCAAAAACAGCCUGCUUGACUAAAUUAAUAAAAAAUUUUUAGUG